UGGUAAUUGGGCUUCAUUUUUCAAAAUUGGGCCCUCAAAACCCUGCUACCUCUGUGUUUCUCCACUUUAUAACCCUCUCAAAUCUAGAAACCCUAGCAGUUUAGAACUCAGUAACAGCAGCUGAAGCAGCCGACCUCCAUUUUCUUGCAUUAAGGUAAUUCGAUUGAGUAGAAAAUGUCGUGCGGAGAAUUAGCUUGUACCUACGCUUGUUUGAUCCUCCACGACGAGGAUAUCCCAGUCACUGCUGAGAAGAUUUCUGCUAUUGUAAAAGCAGCAGGUGUCGCUGUGGAGCGAUACUGGCCUCUCUUGUUCGCCAAGCUUGCUGAGAAGAGAAACCUCUCAGAUCUCAUCGUGAACGUUGGUGCUGGUGGCGGUGGUGCUGCCGCCGUUGCUGCACCCGUCGGUGGUGCCGCUGCUGGUGGUGCAGCUGCAGCUGCUCCUGCUGCUGAGGAGAAGAAGGAGGAGCCAAAGGAAGAAAGUGAUGACGAUAUGGGAUUCAGUUUGUUCGAUUAGAUGAUACUGUUAGUAUGAUCUGUUGUUUUGUUUCCGAACAGUAUUUGUUAAAGUUUUAGUUUUGAUGUUUGAGAUAUUCGGGAAAGUGUAAGAGCAUGUAAUGUCGAGGAGCUUAUAGACUCCUGUUUUGCUAGUAUUGCACCUUAGUUUGAGCCAUUUAUGUCUUUUUAAUCUAAUGUUUGUCGUUUUGUUGUUAA